UCUGGAGAUGGAGGCUCCGACCAGAGCAGAAGCCGGCAAGGACCUCCUGCUCCUGCGGGAGGCACCCCGGGAGCCUUCAAGCAAACCAAAGCGCAGAGAGCCCGGACUAUGGCUCUGUACAACCCCAUCCCUGUUCGGCAGAACUGCUUCACUGUCAACAGAUCGUUGUUCCUCUUUGGGGAAGAGAACAUAGUCAGGAAAUAUGCCAAGAAGCUCAUCGACUGGCCUCCCUUUGAGUAUAUGAUCCUGGCAACUAUCAUUGCCAACUGCAUCGUGCUGGCCCUCGAGCAACACCUUCCAGAGGAUGACAAGACACCCAUGUCACGGAGAUUAGAGAAGACAGAGCCGUACUUCAUUGGGAUUUUUUGCUUCGAGGCUGGGAUUAAGAUUGUUGCUCUGGGAUUCGUUUUCCACAAGGGCUCGUACCUGCGCAAUGGCUGGAACGUCAUGGACUUCAUUGUGGUCCUCAGCGGCAUCCUUGCCACUGCCGGGACGCACUUCAACACGCACGUGGACCUGCGGACCCUGCGGGCUGUGCGUGUGCUCAGACCUCUGAAGCUCGUCUCAGGCAUUCCCAGUCUACAGAUUGUGCUGAAAUCUAUCAUGAAGGCCAUGGUGCCUCUUCUCCAGAUUGGCUUGCUGCUCUUUUUCGCUAUUCUGAUGUUUGCCAUCAUUGGCCUGGAGUUUUACAGUGGGAAACUGCACCGGGCCUGCUACACAAACAAUUCAGGUGAACUAGAGGAGCUGGACCCCCCUCAUCCGUGCGGGGUGCAAGGAUGCCCCCCAGGUUAUGAGUGCCGGGAGUGGAUCGGUCCCAACGAUGGGAUCACGCAGUUUGACAACAUCCUCUUCGCUGUGUUGACCGUCUUCCAGUGCAUUACCAUGGAAGGCUGGACCACAGUCCUGUACAAUACCAAUGAUGCCUUAGGAGCCACCUGGAACUGGCUGUACUUCAUCCCCCUCAUCAUCAUUGGAUCCUUCUUUGUCCUCAACCUCGUCCUGGGAGUGCUGUCAGGGGAGUUUGCCAAAGAGCGUGAGAGAGUGGAGAACCGCCGAGCCUUCAUGAAGCUGCGGCGCCAGCAGCAGAUCGAGCGGGAGCUGAACGGCUAUCGCGCCUGGAUAGACAAAGCAGAGGAAGUCAUGCUGGCUGAAGAGAACAAAAACACUGGAACUUCAGCCUUAGAAGUGCUCCGGCGAGCAACCAUCAAAAGGAACCGGACAGACGCCAUGAAUCGUGACUCCAGUGAUGAGCACUGUGUCGAUAUUGCCUCUGUGGGUGAGCGGAGGCUGGCUCAGAGAAGACCUCUUCAUCCAAACAUGGGUAACCCUUUGACUUGCUCCAGCAUCAAAGGUGCCAGAUUUAGCGGUGCCUCGUAUUUCCGGCACAAAGAGCGACUCCUGCGCAUCUCUGUCCGCCACAUGGUGAAAUCCCAGGUCUUCUACUGGAUUGUCUUGAGCCUGGUGGCUCUCAACACUGCCUGCGUGGCCAUCGUCCACCACAACCAGCCAGCCUGGCUCACCCACUUCCUCUACUAUGCAGAAUUCCUGUUCCUUGGGCUCUUCCUCCUGGAGAUGUCCUUAAAGAUGUAUGGGAUGGGGCCGCGCCUUUACUUCCAUUCGUCAUUCAACUGCUUCGACUGUGGGGUCACAGUGGGAAGCAUCUUCGAAGUGGUUUGGGCUAUCUUCAGACCAGGGACUUCUUUUGGGAUCAGUGUCCUACGAGCUCUCCGGCUCCUGCGAAUAUUUAAAAUAACCAAGUAUUGGGCAUCCCUGAGGAAUUUGGUGGUCUCACUGAUGAGCUCCAUGAAAUCUAUUAUCAGCCUGCUCUUCCUCCUCUUCCUCUUCAUUGUAGUCUUUGCCCUGUUGGGAAUGCAGCUGUUUGGAGGCAGGUUUAAUUUCAUUGAUGGGACACCUUCAGCCAACUUUGACACUUUCCCCGCAGCCAUCAUGACAGUGUUCCAGAUCCUGACAGGUGAGGACUGGAACGAGGUGAUGUACAAUGGCAUCCGCUCCCAGGGAGGUGUUCGCUCAGGCAUGUGGUCCUCCAUCUAUUUCAUCGUCCUCACCUUGUUUGGAAACUAUACUCUGCUGAACGUCUUCUUGGCCAUCGCUGUGGACAACCUGGCCAACGCUCAGGAGCUCACCAAGGAUGAGCAGGAGGAAGAGGAGGCCUUUAACCAGAAGCACGCCCUUCAGAAAGCCAAAGAAGUCAGCCCAAUGUCUGCCCCAAACAUGCCUGCUAUCGAGACCGAGGGGAAGGAGCCCGCCGGGGCCCUGGAGAGCCGCUCGGCCAGCCAGGAAACGGGCCUGGAGGAGGCCGGCCCCGCGGAAGGGGCGCAGGACGGGGACCGGCACGGGGCCGCCGCAACGGAGGACCUGAUUCAGGGGGAGCCGGAGGCGAGCCAAGAGACGGCGAGGACGAAUGGGGUCCCUGCUGCCGAGCUGGUCGGGACCGCCAAAGAGGGAAGCCCCUUGCAAGCUGCGUCCGAGCUGGGCCAGGGGAAGAACGGCAGCCUCACCGAGCAGGACUGCAGCAGCCUGGACACCAGCGAACAAGCCUUACUGGGCAGUCUGCAGCUGGAGGCAAGUCGUGCUGUGAGCAGGAGCGAACCUGACCUCUCCUCCAUCACCGCCAACACUGAGAAGGCCACGGAGAGCACCACCAUCAUGAUCGAUGUCCAAGACUCCACUGUGGUACAGAUUAGCAACAAGACAGACGGAGAAGCCAGCCCCUUAAAGGAGGCAGAGACCAAAGAGGAUGAGGAGGAGAUGGAGAAGAAGAAACGGAAGAAGGAGAAAAGUGAGACAGGCAAAGCAAUGGUGCCUCACAGUUCCAUGUUCAUCUUCAGCACGACGAAUCCGGUGCGGAGGGCCUGUCACUACAUCGUGAACCUGCGCUACUUUGAGAUGUGCAUUCUCCUGGUGAUCGCAGCUAGCAGCAUUGCUCUGGCAGCAGAGGAUCCCGUACUGACCAACUCUGACCGCAACAAAGUCCUGAGGUAUUUUGACUAUGUUUUCACUGGUGUCUUCACCUUCGAGAUGGUUAUCAAGAUGAUUGAUCAGGGCUUGAUCCUGCAGGACGGCUCCUACUUCCGAGACCUCUGGAAUAUUCUGGAUUUCAUUGUGGUGGUGGGAGCGCUCGUGGCUUUCGCCUUGGCGAAUGCUUUGGGGACCAACAAAGGUCGGGAUAUCAAGACCAUCAAGUCUCUCCGAGUGCUGCGGGUCUUGAGGCCUCUGAAAACCAUCAAGCGACUGCCCAAACUCAAGGCUGUCUUUGACUGCGUUGUGACUUCACUGAAGAACGUCUUCAAUAUCCUUAUUGUCUACAAGCUCUUCAUGUUCAUCUUUGCUGUCAUUGCUGUCCAGCUCUUCAAGGGGAAAUUUUUCUACUGUACUGACAGCUCUAAGGACACGGAAAAGGACUGCAUAGGGAACUAUGUGGACCACGAGAAGAACAAGAUGGAAGUGAAGUGCCGGGAAUGGAAACGCCAUGAAUUUCACUACGACAAUAUAAUCUGGGCUUUGCUUACCCUAUUCACAGUCUCCACUGGUGAAGGUUGGCCCCAGGUGCUGCAACAUUCGGUGGACGUGACGGAGGAGGACCGUGGGCCCAGCCGCAGUAACCGCAUGGAGAUGUCCAUUUUUUAUGUCGUCUAUUUUGUGGUCUUCCCUUUCUUCUUCGUCAACAUUUUUGUGGCUCUCAUCAUCAUCACGUUCCAAGAGCAAGGAGACAAAAUGAUGGAGGAGUGCAGUCUGGAGAAGAACGAGAGAGCCUGUAUUGACUUUGCCAUCAGUGCCAAGCCCCUGACACGCUACAUGCCGCAGAACCGGCAUACCUUCCAGUACCGGGUCUGGCACUUUGUGGUCUCCCCGUCCUUUGAGUACACCAUCAUGGCUAUGAUAGCAUUGAACACCGUGGUGCUGAUGAUGAAGUACUAUUCUGCUCCAUACACCUAUGAGCUGGCCCUGAAGUACCUGAACAUCGCGUUCACCAUGGUGUUCUCCUUGGAGUGUGUCCUCAAGAUCAUUGCUUUUGGCUUCCUGAAUUAUUUCCGGGACACCUGGAACAUCUUUGACUUCAUCACCGUCAUCGGCAGCAUUACAGAGAUCAUCCUGACGGACACCAAGCUGGUGAACACCAGCAGCUUCAACAUGAGCUUUCUGAAGCUGUUCCGGGCUGCUCGGCUCAUCAAGCUGCUCCGCCAGGGUUAUACCAUCCGGAUCCUGCUCUGGACUUUUGUGCAGUCCUUCAAGGCCCUCCCAUAUGUCUGCCUCUUGAUCGCGAUGCUUUUUUUCAUCUAUGCGAUCAUUGGGAUGCAGGUUUUUGGGAAUAUCAAACUCGAUGAGGAAAGCCACAUUAAUCGGCACAACAACUUCCGCAGCUUCUUGGGCUCCCUGAUGCUCCUCUUCAGAAGUGCCACAGGAGAGGCAUGGCAGGAGAUCAUGCUGUCCUGCCUGGAGGGCAAAGGCUGCGAGCCGGACACCACCGCGACGUCCGGGCAGAACGAGAACGAGCGCUGUGGCACUGACCUGGCCUACGUUUACUUUGUCUCCUUCAUCUUCUUUUGCUCUUUCCUGAUGCUCAACCUGUUUGUGGCGGUCAUCAUGGACAAUUUUGAAUACCUGACUCGGGAUUCCUCUAUCCUGGGACCUCACCAUCUAGAUGAGUUUGUCCGGAUCUGGGCAGAGUAUGACAGAGCAGCGUGUGGCCGAAUCCAUUACACUGAGAUGUAUGAAAUGCUGACUCUUAUGUCACCACCGCUAGGCCUCGGCAAGAGAUGUCCUUCCAAAGUGGCCUAUAAGAGACUGGUGCUGAUGAACAUGCCAGUGGCUGAGGACAUGACGGUCCACUUCACCUCCACCUUGAUGGCACUGAUACGCACAGCCCUGGACAUCAAAAUCGCCAAAGGUGGUGCAGACUGGCAGCAGCUGGACUCUGAGCUUCAGAAGGAGAUCCUGACCAUUUGGCCUCACCUGUCCCAGAAGGUGCUCGACCUGUUGGUACCCAUGCCAAAAACCUCUGACCUGACUGUUGGCAAAAUAUACGCAGCUAUGAUGAUCAUGGAUUACUACAAGCAGAGCAAAGCGAAGAAGCAGAGGCAGCAGCUGGAGGAACAGAAAAAUGCUCCCAUGUUCCAGCGCAUGGAGCCUUCCUCUUUGCCGCAAGAAAUCAUCUCAAAUGCUAAGGCUCUGCCUUAUCUCCAGCAGGACACCAUCUCGGGCCUGAGCAGCCGCAGUGGGUUCCCCUCGCUAAGCCCGCUCUCGCCUCAGGAGAUAUUCCAGCUGGCGUGCAUGGAUUCAACGCACGGGCAGUUCCAGGAGCACCAGUCUCUGGAGCCAGAGGUUAGGGAGUUUCAAAGAGUGCAGCCCUCUAACCGCGGCAACUACCUUCCCGUGGACACUCAGGACCACGCUGUAUCUGGGAGGGCUUCCUCCAUGCCUCGUCUCACUGUGGAUCCCCAGGUGGUCACGGACACUAGUUCCAUGCGGCGAUCGUUUUCCACCAUCCGGGACAAGCGCACCAACAGCUCCUGGCUGGACGAGUUCUCCAUGGAGCGGAGCAGUGAGAACACCUACAAGUCCCGCCGGCGCAGCUAUCACUCCUCGCUCCAGCUCUCCGCCCGACGCCUCAACGCCGACUCAGGCCACAGGUCUGACGGCCAUCGCUCAGGUGGCAGGGAGCGGGGACGAUCCAAAGAGCGCAAGCACUUGCUGUCCCCGGACAUCUCCCGCUGCAACUCAGAGGAGAGGAGUCCCCAGGCGCAUGAUGAAUCUCCGGAGAGGCGGCGCGAGUCCCGGUCACCCAGCGAGGGCAGGUCUCAGACACCCAACAGGCAGGGAACGGGCUCCUUGAGCGAAAGCUCCAUCCCCUCCAUCUCGGACACCAGCACCCCCCGGCGAGGCCGCCGCCAGCUCCCGCCGGUGCCCCCCAAGCCACGUCCCCUCCUCUCCUACGCCUCCAUGCUGCGGCACUUUCCUUCCCGGAGGGUCUCACGCCGGACGGGAAGAAGGGCGAGCUUUUAA